UGGCUGGCUGAAAUUGUGUCGUCUGCCCAUCUUUGCCAUCUUACUCUCACUUCCAAAGAACACACUCAUGACUCGUAGUAAGGCAUCCAAGGGAAACGGUGCUGCUAAAGAGCAAGAUGCAACUGUACUUCGACAGUAUGUCGAUACCGAUGGCCAUUUCUCUCUGGUCAGGAACUUCAGGCUUGCGGAUCUUGUUACCAUAAUGAAUGGUGUCUGCGGCUCGCUCUCCAUAUUCUCAUCCACACAAUACCUUGUAACGAACGACGACGACUAUUUACGAUGGGCCCUUGCGCUCCCACUUGCCGGACUCAUGUUUGACUUCUUUGACGGAAAAGUUGCUAGAUGGAGGAAGUCCUCUAGCUUGCUGGGACAGGAGCUCGACAGUCUGGCGGACCUGAUAUCCUUCGGCGUCGCCCCCGCCGUCCUUGCAUUCGUCGUGGGGCUUCGAACAUACCUUGAUACUGUGUGUCUAACUGGCUUUAUAUGCUGUGGCCUCGCCCGGCUCGCUCGUUUCAACGCAACAGUCGCCCUCGUACCCAAGGAUACAACUGGCAAGGCACGAUACUUCGAGGGACUCCCAAUCCCUUCAUCACUGGGUCUCGUGGCCAUGUUGUCUUACUGGGUACGACAGGGCUGGAUUGAAGGCAAGGAUGGUAUCCCAGGUGGACUUGUCACGCUUUGGGGUGCCUCCGGGGGACGCGGAGAGAUUCAUCCCGUUAGUAUCAUCUUUGGCUUGUGGGCUGCUGCAAUGGUCAGCAAGACCCUCAGAGUGCCUAAGCUUUAGUUAUGUAGGUACAUGUGUCAGAUGACGAACGUCGUAAUCGCGUUAGCUGUACUCCUUCAUUUCAUCGUGUGUAAUUCAGAGGCUGAACAAACGUGCAUGGGUCUCUGCUGGGAGCAAGGUUGGCGGCCGGCGAAACUUAGCCGCAUAUGCUGUACAUUGGACGGACGAUUAAGCC